GGCUUCCGUGUGGGCGCCGGCGGCUCGCUGGGCCGGGGCGGGGGAAUCCUCUUCGGCGGGGCGCUUGAGAGAAAAAGCAACCCCCGCGAGCGGAGGUUUCCUGCGGGCGUCUCCGCCCCCCUGCCGGUCAAUUCCCGGAGCUCGGGCCUCACCCGGGCCGCGCGCCGGGCGUCCAGGGCAGGCGGGGGCGAUGGUACAGAUGGAGACGCAACUGCAGAGCAUUUUUGAGGAUGUGGUGAAAACGGAAAUUAUAGAAGAGGCUUUUCCUGGAAUGUUUAUGGACACCCCCGAAGAUGAAAAAACAAAACUAAUUAGCUGUCUGGGGGCCUUCAGACAGUUCUGGGGAGGUCUUUCUCAGGAAUCUCAUGAACAAUGCAUCCAGUGGAUUGUUAAAUUUAUUCAUGGCCAGCAUAGUCCUAAAAGAAUUUCUUUUCUUUAUGACUGCUUAGCAAUGGCAGUGGAGACUGGUCUUCUUCCACCCAGGAUGGUUUGUGAAUCCCUGAUAAACUCCGACACACUUGAAUGGGAAAGAACACAACUUUGGGCCUUAACAUUUAAACUGGUUCGGAAAAUAAUUGGGGGAGUGGAUUAUAAGGGGGUUCGAGAUCUCUUAAAAGUGAUUUUGGAGAAAAUCUUGACAAUUCCCAAUACAGUGAGCUCAGCGGUUGUACAGCAGCUUCUAGCAGCAAGAGAGGUUAUAGCAUACAUCUUAGAAAGAAAUGCCUGUUUAUUGCCAGCCUACUUUGCAGUCACAGAGAUUAGGAAACUAUAUCCUGAGGGAAAACUUCCACACUGGUUACUUGGAAACCUGGUAUCAGACUUUGUGGAUACCUUCAGGCCCACAGCAAGGAUAAACUCUAUUUGUGGCCGCUGCAGUCUUCUGCCAGUUGUAAAUAACUCGGGAGCCAUUUGUAAUUCAUGGAAAUUGGAUCCUGCAACUCUUCGUUUUCCUUUGAAGGGCCUUUUGCCAUACGAUAAGGAUCUGUUUGAACCACAGACUGCUUUGUUGAGAUAUGUAUUGGAGCAGCCUUAUUCCAGGGAUAUGGUCUGCAAUAUGCUAGGUUUAAAUAAGCAGACCUUGAACAUUGCUCAGCACAAGCAGCGCUGCCCUGUGCUGGAGGACCAGUUGGUGGAUCUGGUGGUUUAUGCCAUGGAGCGGUCCGAGACCGAGGAGAAGUUUGAUGAUGGCGGCACAAGCCAACUCCUAUGGCAGCAUCUCUCAAGUCAGCUCAUUUUCUUUGUGCUUUUCCAAUUUGCAAGUUUUCCACAUAUGGUCCUUUCUCUUCAUCAGAAGUUAGCAGGGCGAGGACUGAUUAAAGGCAGAGAUCAUCUAAUGUGGGUUCUCCUGCAAUUCAUUUCUGGAAGUAUUCAGAAAAAUGCACUAGCUGAUUUUCUCCCUGUCAUGAAGCUCUUUGACCUUCUAUACCCAGAAAAAGAAUAUAUCCCAGUUCCUGAUAUUAACAAACCCCAGUCAACUCAUGCCUUUGCAAUGACUUGCAUUUGGAUUCAUCUCAAUAGAAAAGCCCAAAAUGACAACUCUAAGCUGCAGAUUCCAAUACCUCAUUCCCUAAAGCUUCACCAUGAGUUCCUACAGCAGAGUCUUAGAAAUAAAAGUUUACAAAUGAAUGACUAUAAGAUUGCCUUGCUGUGUAAUGCAUACUCUACAAAUUCAGAAUGUUUUACAUUACCCAUGGGAGCUCUGGUAGAAACUAUUUAUGGAAAUGGAAUUAUGAGAGUACCUCUUCCUGGAACAAGCUGUUUGGCUUCAGCAUCUAUUACUCCCCUACCCAUGAACCUCCUGGAUUCACUGACAGUUCAUGCCAAAAUGAGCCUUAUCCACAGCAUUGCUACCAGAGUGAUAAAACUUGCUCAUGCAAAAUCCAGCGUGGCCUUGGCUCCAGCCCUAGUGGAAACUUACAGUCGUUUAUUGGUGUAUAUGGAAAUAGAGUCCUUGGCAUCAAAGGGAUUUAUCAGUCAACUUUUGCCUACUGUUUUCAAGUCCCAUGCUUGGGGAAUCUUACACACACUUCUUGAGAUGUUCAGCUACCGGAUGCACCACAUCCAGCCGCAUUACAGGGUGCAGCUCCUGAGCCAUCUUCAUACUCUAGCCGCCGUUGCACAAACCAACCAGAACCAGCUCCAUCUCUGUGUUGAGAGCACUGCACUUAGGCUUAUAACAGCAUUAGGGAGCUCGGAGGUCCAGCCACAGUUCACACGCUUCCUAAGUGAUCCCAAAACAGUGCUGUCCGCAGAAUCCGAAGAGCUGAACCGAGCCUUGAUAUUGACCUUAGCUAGAGCAACUCACGUAACAGAUUUUUUUACAGGCUCUGAUUCAAUUCAAGGAACUUGGUGUAAAGACAUACUUCAGACCAUCAUGAGUUUUACUCCUCAUAAUUGGGCAUCACACACUCUUAGCUGUUUUCCAGGCCCACUACAGGCAUUCUUCAAGCAAAAUAAUGUACCUCAGGAAAGCCGUUUUAAUCUGAAAAAAAAUGUGGAGGAGGAAUAUAGGAAGUGGAAGUCAAUGACCAAUGAAAAUGACAUCAUUACCCACUUCUCUAUGCAAGGCUCUCCUCCUCUCUUCCUUUGUCUUCUCUGGAAAAUGCUCUUAGAAACAGAUCAUAUUAAUCAAAUUGGCUAUAGAGUAUUAGAAAGAAUUGGAGCCAGGGCCCUGGUAGCCCAUGUGAGAACAUUUGCAGAUUUCUUAGUAUAUGAGUUCUCUACAUCAGCUGGGGGUCAGCAACUCAACAAAUGCAUUGAAAUUCUUAAUGACAUGGUAUGGAAGUAUAACAUUGUUACACUGGACAGAUUAAUUCUCUGCCUGGCCAUGCGUAGUCAUGAAGGAAAUGAAGCCCAGGUUUGUUAUUUCAUAAUUCAGUUGCUGUUACUCAAACCAAAUGAUUUUAGAAAUCGAGUAAGUGACUUUGUGAAAGAAAAUUCUCCAGAACACUGGCUACAGAAUGACUGGCACACCAAGCACAUGAGUUAUCACAAGAAAUACCCUGAGAAACUGUAUUUUGAGGGCCUGGCGGAGCAGGUUGAUCCUCCUGUGCAGAUCCAGUCUCCCUAUCUACCCAUCUAUUUUGGAAAUGUGUGUCUUCGAUUUCUCCCAGUAUUUGAUAUAGUCAUCCACAGAUUUUUAGAGUUGCUUCCAGUUUCCAAAUCACUGGAAACUCUACUAGAUCACCUUGGUGGCUUAUAUAAAUUUCACGAUCGCCCUGUGACUUAUUUGUAUAAUACUCUGCACUAUUAUGAAAUGCAUCUGAGAGAACGCCCACAUCUCAAGAGAAAGCUUGUCCAUGCCAUCAUUGGCUCACUCAAGGAUAAUCGACCACAAGGCUGGUGUCUAAGUGACACAUACCUCAAGUGUGGCAUGAAUGCACGGGAAGAAAAUCCUUGGGUCCCAGAUGACUCCUACUAUUGCAGAUUGAUUGGCAGACUAGUAGAUACGAUGGCUGGCAAAUCUCCUGGUCCAUUUCCAAACUGUGACUGGAGAUUCAAUGAGUUUCCCAACCCAGCUGCGCAUGCACUGCAUGUUACUUGUGUGGAGCUCAUGGCCUUGGCCGUUUCAGGUGAAGAUGUUGGAAAUGCUCUUCUAAAUGUCGUCCUGAAAAGUCAGCCAUUAGUGCCAAGAGAGAAUAUUACAGCAUGGAUGAAUGCAAUUGGACUGAUCAUUACUGCAUUACCAGAACCAUAUUGGAUUGUCCUGCAUGAUCGAAUUGUGAGUGUUAUCAGCAGUCCCAGCCUGACAUCUGAGUCAGAGUGGGUUGGCUAUCCAUUCCGCCUCUUUGACUUCACUGCUUGUCAUCAGUCCUACUCUGAGAUGAGCUGCAGCUAUACGUUAGCUCUCGCACAUGCUGUGUGGCACCAUUCUAGCAUUGGACAGCUCUCUCUCAUUCCCAAGUUUCUCACUGAAGUCCUUCUUCCUAUAGUGAAGACUGAAUUCCAGUUGCUUUACGUGUACCAUCUUGUGGGACCAUUUUUACAAAGAUUUCAGCAAGAGAGAACACGUUGUAUGAUAGAGAUCGGAGUGGCAUUUUAUGACAUGUUGCUGAAUGUAGACCAGUGUAGUGCCCACUUAAAUUACAUGGAUCCCAUCUGUGACUUCCUGUAUCAUAUGAAGUAUAUGUUUACUGGUGACAGCGUAAAAGAACAAGUAGAGAAGAUUAUCUGUAACUUAAAACCAGCUUUAAAACUCCGUCUUCGAUUCAUCACACACAUUAGCAAGAUGGAACCAGCUGCCGUGCCUCCACAGGCCAUGAGUAGUGGGUCUCCGGCACCUCAGGCGAAUCAGGUGCCAGGGUCUUGACCAGUAACUCCGUGAAGUCCGGGUGUAUGGUGGUGAAAAUGGAAACACAUUUGUCUUUGAAAGUGGACUCAAACCUGUUAAAUCUGAACAUGGUCAUGCUACAUAGUGGUGUAGUAGAAGCAGUGAUGUUCAGAUUGUUUUAUUUUGAUUCUAAUGAUGAAUCUAUUGAUACUUUAUAGCUCCCAUCUCCCUAUCUAUAUUUUUGUCUCUAAGAGAUCAAGUAAGCUGCGUGCUGCUCAUAUCCAUAAUAGUUUAUUGGAUCUGCCUAGGAAUAUGGAGGUGUCUGUGAUCAAAUGACUUUUGUAGAUACUUUCAGUCUUUACUAUUCUAGCCACUGGUCUUAUUUUCAGUUUUUAUUGUUAAUGACUUCAGUCUUCAAAUACAUUGUUUUAAAGGCACCACACAUGUAAAAUAGUUAUCUGAUCAUUUUAUACGUAAACCUCUUGGUGUAUCUUUGGGAUAAGAGAUUUUUGUCAAGUGAAGGACUCUAGAUUUCAUUGCAUUGCAGGAGCACAGUUUCAUAUUCUUUUAAAAAUGACUUAAAAAUUUUACCAUAGGUUUCCAAAGAAAUGGGUUAAUGUUUCUAUCAAGGCAGAUUGGCAAGUUUUUGCCUUUGCUGUGGACUCAAACUUACUGUAUGAAAUGAGUUGGAAGCCUUGUAAGAAAAUACCGUAGAAAUGCAUAAACUUAAUAAAAUUAUGCUUAAAUGGUGCUCUCUAAUCUCUGUUUUUAAAAAUAAAUUACUUGCUUUUCCAGGUUGACACUUUCAUCUAGCCAAUGAUGCAAUUCUUUAAAUUUUUAUAAUCUUAAAAUUUUUAAGUAUUUAUAUUUUUAAAUAUAGCAUACAUUUUGGUUCUUUAAGGUUUAUCAGAUUUUGAGAGACAAACUGUUAAUUUGGGGAGGGGGGAAAUGGCAUUAAGAUUGUAAAAGCCUUGAAAAGUAAGUAAAAUCUGCUUAAUGAAUAAACUGAUGAUUUACUCAAUCUGAGUGAGUGUCUGCUGUGUUCCAGGCAGUGCGCUGACUGUAGAGACUGGGCCGUUGCUAUGAGAUGUACACUACAGUUGGUGACUAACAUUGGCUUGGGACUUAAGAGUUACUGUUUUUUUUUUUUUU